AGAAGUCAGCCGCUUGGCGUGACAACAAAUUAAAUGGCGGCCGACGGCGAAGGGGGAAAUACGAGCUGCGCUGCAAAAUAUCGGGUUAAAUGACAAAUUGUAUCCCCGACAGAGCGUAGUCUUUGUCCCGGUACGACCAUGGAACCUGUCCCGUUCAGUGAGGAGCUGUCGGAAAGAAAAGUGUGCAUUGUCGGCUCGGAGUUGGUGGAAAAUUACACGGUGUACAUCAUUGAAGUUUUGGAUGGAGAGCACAAGUGGACGGUAAAGCAUCGCUACAGCGACUUCCAUGACCUCCAUGAGAAGUUGGUAGCGGAGAACAAAGUGGACCGGCAUCUGCUCCCGCCCAAGAAGAUGCUGGGCAAGAACUCCAAGAGCUUGGUGGAGCGUCGGCAGAAGGAGCUAGAACUUUACCUGCAGGCGCUGCUCCAGCAAUUCCCGGAGGCCACGCCCACUCCCCUCGCUGCAUUUCUUCACUUUAACCUAUACGAGAUCAACGGCAUCACGGCCGCGUUAGCCGAGGAGUUGUUCCAUAAAGGCGAAGAGUUGCUGGCCGCUGGCAAGGUGUUCUCCCUACGGCCACUGCAGCUCCACGCCGUCUCCCAGCAGCUGCGUCUGGCCAAGCCCACGUGCUGCAACGGCGACGCCAAGACCGACCUGGGUCACAUCUUGGACUUCGCCUGCCGGCUGCGCUACCUCAAGAUCUGCGGCACCAGUGGCCCAGUCGGAAGCAGCAACAUCCUGGAGAGGAAUCUGCCCUUUGAGCUGUCUUUUUUCAAGUCACUGCUUCAGGUUGAGAUCAGCGAAUGCGCAGCUCAGCAAAUUGGGGGUUUGUCAUCUCUGAGGUCCAGCCUGCUCACUCUGAAUAUCCACCACUCCACAGACAGCAUGAUGCUGCUCCUCGUUCCGGAAGCCAGCGAGUUCCCUCAGUGGGAAGCCGAGGGCUCGGAGCGUGGCUGCCCCGUGACCGCCGUGGUGCCGCGCUGGCGCAACCUGACCACGCUGGACAUGAGCCACAACGCCAUCGGCACCAUCGACGGCUCAGUGAAACUGAUUCCAGAGGUGGAGUUUCUUGAUCUGAGCCACAAUUGUCUUUCCUCGGUGGAAAACCUUCAGCAUCUGUACAAUCUAGUCCACGUGGAUUUGUCCUACAACAAAUUGUGCAUCCUGGAGGGGGCUCAUACGCGGCUGGGCAACAUCAAGACACUCAGCCUGGCUGGCAACCAGCUGGAGCGGCUCACGGGCCUCAGCAAGCUCUACUCGCUGGUCCACCUGGACCUCAGCCACAACCAACUAGCUCAAUUGGAGGAAAUCAAGAACAUCGGCUCGCUGCCGUGCCUAGAGAAGAUCAACCUUUCCUCCAAUCCAAUUUGCAUCAUCCCUGACUACAGAACCAAAGUCCUGGCCCAGUUUGGAGACCGAGCAGCAGAGGUGUGUCUGGAUGGUCAAGUGACCACAGAGAAGGAGUUGGACACGGUGGAGGUGUUGAAAGCCAUUCAGAAAGCCAAAGAAGUCAAAGACCGCAUGAGCAGCAGCGACAAGAAGAUCAGUGAGGAGACCGGGCUGUCUGCUGCUGCACCUCCUCUCCCUCCCUCCCCCUCCUCCUCUUCAUCUACUCCCUUCUCUUCCUCUCGCUGCACCUCUUUUGUUGCCCCUCAUUGUCUCACCUCUGCGCCAGCCUCUUCCUGCACCAGCCGAGAAAUGACGAGCCGAGAAGAAGCCGCCGUUCCGCCGACCAUCCUGCCUUUCCCGACUUCCUCCGAUUCGCGCCUCUUGCCUGCUGACACCACCCAGGUUGGAGACGCUGCCAUCCAUCACAAAGCCCCUGCCAACAUGGUCACAUGUUGCCCGUGCUCCUCCUCCUGCUGCUCUUCCUCCUCUAGUCUGCCUGAAGUUACCUGCCCGAGCUGCAGCGCCACCUGGUGUCCUCUGCUCACCUCUCGUCUCCUCUCCCUCACCGUCACCGACCGGCUUUUCACAGGCCUGCUGUCCAUGCGCCUCCACGCCGCCCUCAAGGAGCCGGACGAGAGGAUUGUGGAAGCCGAGGAGGAGGAGGAGAAGGAUGAGGAAGUAUACCCAUCCAGAGAGGUUUCAUCCCACGUGGAGGGCACGCAAGUGGAUGGUCCGCUCUCCGGGGAUGGCUACUUUGAAAUGGGACUAGAUGAUUCCGUUCAGGACCCGUCUCGUCAUCCCGCCGGGCCCAGUGUUGGUCCCUCCGACCCAUGCGAUGAGGAGCGGCAGCAAGAGACUGUCAACAGAGUGCUUUGGUGCUAUUGUCUUAAGCUGGAAGAGGAGACGCAGGAGGUGGAACAGAGCGUAGUGUGCGUGGUGCUGACGGACCAACGUUUGUGCUUGCUGCGCUUGUCACACGAUAGCAAAGGGAACAUUCUGGAUGCAGAUGAAGACCAGAGUGCGUCCACAAAGGCUCUUGUGUCUAGGCUUGAGGUGGCCCUCCUGCUACCCUACUCCCAGCUGCUGCUUUCCUCACACGCCGAGCUUCCUGCCUCCUGUCUGGCCUUGGAGCCCCAGAAUGGUGCUGCCCGCUUUUACCUUUUCUCCGAGGCCCUGGAGCUCCUGAGAACCAGGGCUGAGCUGCAGAGACUGACGCAGCUCACACAGGUAGCAGAGACUCCUCAUCUCCUACCCCGCUCCCUCCUGAACUCCUGGGAAGCAGAGGAGAGUCACGAAGCUCAGGGAGGCUACCUCAGCUUCCUCUUGCCCCCCUCUCCCUCUUCCACCCCGCACCACCUGUCGUACACCGAGGAGCUCCCGUCGCUCCUCUUCCUCACCCACCGACACCUUUGGGUGCUAAAGAUGGAUGUCAGAGAGAUUGCGGAGAAAGAGCGCAGUACUGCUGGCCUUCAUCAGGCUCCGUGCAGGCUGGUCCGCGUACCCCUCAGCUCUGUGGUGCUUCACCCCAUUCAGAGAACUCAGACUGAAAAGGUGACCAGUGGGAAGUCCUGCCGCCACCCUAAACACCACUGCAGAUUGAGCCACACGGCGGAGAUGCUGCUGGCCGGUGGGAGUCUGCUGCUGCUCUUCCCGCUUGCCCAGGACAAGAGCAACUUCUUGGGCGAGCUGAGUCGGCGGAGAGUGGCUCUGGAAGGGCCGAAGAUGGUGGCGCUGCCACUCCCGUGCAGAUGCCGGCCACACUCGUGUGAGGUCGUGCAAGGUCACAGUAGAAAUGCUGUUGAGAAGUGCUGUUGUUGUGCAAGAGCGUACAGCACCAGCAGCUCGUCUCGUCCCCGACUGGAAGCAAACCAGCCAUCCCUCCACCUCACCCAGAGUCUGUCCCCAGGGCUUAAGCUCCUGGCUGGGCUUGAUGCGGAGCAGCUGCUGACAUACUUCCGCAGGCACAUAGCACACUCCGAGGAGGACGAGGUUCGACAUGUCUUGUGGCUGUCCGCCGUCCUCUACGCCGCGCCGGAGACGGAACUGGCCUGCUGCCUCUUCCUGUCCACAGACAGCAUCUACUUCCUCUUGGAAGACUCUACUGCCACUCGCCACUGCCUCGCAGAAACGGACAUGAGCAUUUGUCCGGAUCCAAACGUGCGCCUUUGCUGCUGCUUGACCAUCCGACUCGCCGAUCUGCUCUCUGUCAACGUGGGCUUGUUCGAUCAGUACUUCAGGCUUGUAGGACCCUCGGCCAAGCACAUUGUUUCCUGCCUGAGCAGAGACAGUUAUGGCACAGGAGUCUUCCUGCAGGAGCUGAUGUCCGCGCUGAGUCUGCAGCAGAAGCUUCCUACUCCAGAGCCCUCCGAGCAGGACUUCUACUCGCAGUUUACAAGCACCAGCUCAGGCAAGAUGCAGAACUACGAGCUGGUCCACAGCAGCAGGGUGAAGUUCAUCUACCCCAGCGAGGAGGAGAUGGGGGACCUGACUUUCAUCGUGGCUGAGAGGAAGACGCCCUCCUCCUCUUCGUCUUUGUCCUCGCGUUCCUUUAACGUGCUACUUUACCUGCUGGUGUUUCAGGUUCAGUUUGCCAACGGUCAGGCCUGCGACACAUCUCCUGUCCUCCAACCCCGGACGCUGAUACUGACCAGCACGGAUGUUUUCCUCUUGGACGAAGACUACGUCAGUUAUCCUCUUCCGGACUUUGCCAAGGAGCCGCCGUCCAGGGAACGUUACCGGUUGCGGGAAGCGCGGCGGAUCCGCGACUUAGACCGGGUUCUCCUCGGCUACCAGAUGUACCCUCAGGCCCUGACGCUGGUGUUCGACGACCUGCCGGGCCCGGACCUGCUGUGCCACCUCACCAUGGACCACUUUGGGGCAGAGGGCAAGGAUCCGCCCCCGCCUUCGGCACAAUGCGGGGGUGCCGAGGGUGAGGUGCAGUGGUGCGUCUUUGUGCCGGGAGCCGACGGCCGCGAGAGACUCAUCUCCAUGCUGGCUCGCCAGUGGGAGGCGCUGUGUAGCCGAGAGCUUCCUGUGGAGCUCACCGGCUGAUUGGAGUGCCGGGAAAGGACCGCAGUGGGAAUGGCGCCACCUUGAGGCAGGCAGGGACUUACAAAUGAAUCGCUCGCCCAUGGCUGGGGUGGCGAGAGGAGUGGCAUUCUCCUAGCCCCUUUCACACGAAUGCCUUUGGUGAUGUAAAGAAAGCAUUCAUUUCCAACUUUUAUUUAUUUUUUCCUGAGAAAAAAUAUUUUUGUCUUGUUUUUUUGCACAUUGUGAUUUCAACCGACUGUCUUCAUUUUGUCAGCCACACCCUGUUUGCUACCUCUCACUUGGUGCUUUCUCUUUCAGCGAGAUGGAGCGAGCGCGUUCUAGAAGGGAAAUGACGCAGUAGCCAUCAAUGGACAGUGAAGCACUUAUACCAUCUCGCUUCCUCCGUUCUUCCUACCAUUCACUGAGUGAAGGACUCCCAGACAAGCACAAAUUAGUGCACCAAGUAAGAGUCACUUUUCACAAUAUCCCAAACUUUUUGUCAGCAGUGCAUAAAUGUGUACAUGCGUGUUUUCGUUAAGUCAGCCAGGCGGACGUUUUUCAGCUGGGUCCGUGCGGUGCACAGCUUGAUUUGAAUACUUUCUUCAUUAUUUGCAUCAACAAAAAAUGGACUGUUUGCAAAAGCUGAGCAGUUUACAAAUGACCCAAGUUGUACCCCCCCCCCAUAAAAAAACUUUUGCACUGUUGAAUUUACAACCACUAUAUGCGCAAACAAUACCAUGCACCAAACAUUUGAGUUCUUUGCACUUUGAGAUUUCCUGAACAAAAUGAAAAAGCGCUUUAUUAGUCAAAGUGAUACAGGUGCCAGCCACAUUCUUAGGUACAUUGACACACUCACCAGAGUUGAAUACCCCAAAAUCUGCCUUCACAUAGCUAAGGCUCGCCUUGUAAGGCAGAAUUUCUUUUCCCUACUAGAUGGCCUGACACCAUGUACCUAAUAAAAUGUCUAGCUGUAACUGUUGAUAGUCUGAAUAAUGAUCAUUUUUUUGAAAUGAUUUACAAUAUGUGUGUAUUGUGUGCUAUUAUCACUCAGUAUUAUUUUAAGUAUUGUGCUUAUUGAUGUUUUUUUUUUAUGUUUAACUGGUUGCAAGUUGUGUCCUCUGGUCAAGGAGAACACAAAUUAAUUAAAGUAAAAGUCAUCAAAACAUCUUGGUGAUUGUCUUCAUCGUCACUGUUUACAGGCUAAUUUGUAAAAAUACUUAAGCAGGAUAAUUGGAGAAAUUGUCAGCGGGAAUUUGGAAAGAUUAAAUAAAA